AUGGAAACUAAACAGCCCCCGUUAAUAUUUUUAGAAGAAAAGCUAAAUGGCCUUAAUGUAUGUAUGCUUGUUGAUCUUGAUGCAUCACGCAAUUUUAUAUCGGAAGAUUUUGUUAAAUGUCAUGAUUUACAAGCAGAUACAGUUGGAUGUAUGUCUGUUAGUGUAGGUAAUGGUGUUAAAUCACAUACGGAUAAAGUAUUGACACGUUUUAGUUUAUAA